AUGGAGGAAACUCAGAUUCAACUAGAAACUGGAUCUAGUUCUGGGUUGAAAGAAAAAAGUUUUGAAACAAAUUUUAGAACAACAUCAAAAAUUAUUUUGGAUCUUCUUGAGUGUGGUACUCAUGGGAAUUCACCCUCUCUUUUUAUUCCUGAUGAUAUAAUUGAUGAUAGCUUAGAGGAACGAAAAUUUAGUUUGAUCGGCAGAUUGGAUCUUGUCAAAAUAAAAGUUAAGAUUGCAGAAUCAACACUUAGAAUACAAUGGAAAUUGAAAGGUUCUGUUCAGCUUAUCCCACUGGGAAAAGGAUUUUUCAUAAUCAAAUUAGAAAAUGAAGAAGAUAAGCUACAUAUUUGGUCUGGUAAUUGGGUUGUGGAAGAAAAAAACCUUACUCUUAAGAAUUGGGAACCAAAUUUUAACCCAGCAGCACAGGAAACUACUUCAGCAUUUGUUUGGGUGAAUUUUCCAGGUCUUAGCAUAGAAUACUGGAAGAAAAAUAUUAUUCUGCAUAUGGGUAUAUCUCUAGGGAGACCAAUAAAAGUGGAUGAAAUAACUUUGAAAAAAGAAGCAGGAUACUAUACGAGUGUAUUUGUGGAGAUAGAUUUAACAAAGGCUAUCCCAAGUAAAAUUUGGGUAGAAUCUAAAUAUGGGGGUUUUGAACAAGAAGUCCCAAUUCCUAAAAUACCAAAGUUUUGUAAUUAUUGUCAAGUUAUAGGUCAUUAUGUUGCAGAAUACAUAAAUAAAAGAAAAGAUCAAGGGCACCCUGAAGUGGCUCCAACAACUUCUAUAGUUAAACAAGUUUGGAGAAAAGUUACACCAAAGAAAAAACGAACUUCAGCACAAACUGGUUUUGAUAUAUACUUCAGUUCUCCUUCCAAGAUUAAAACUAUGGAAAAUAUUGAUAAAAAUUUGCUUGAAAGUGAUGAGGAAGUGGAUGCAAUUAUUCCUCCUACCCAUUCAACAGAAGGUACUUAA